UCAUGUUCAACUCCGUUCCCUUCGCAAUUGCAUGUCGUGUGUCAACACUUUGUUGUUCCUUUAAAAACCGAUGAUUUAACGGUACCCAAAUAUUAACAAGAAUCUAUUUUGUCUACACAAGACGUAAGGAUAGUGCUUUGGAACAAUUUAAAUUAAAAAGAAACUUUCAAUUAGAGGCAGAACUUUUUUACGUGACGAGGAAAAAUGAUACCAACAUCGUUCAGCAUUGACUUUUUGACUCGGAGCGAUCGUUAUCGGCCUGGGGGUAGCGGCAAUGAUGUGGCCCGGUGCAGCACCUCUCCCGACCCCCAGUCCUCGUCUUGUCACAGCGAGUCGGAGAGUUCCACCGGAGACAACUCCGAGUCCAUAGCGGAAGUUCUCUUGUCGCUGGACAAGACGAUAAAGAAUGGAAUAUCUGGAGAUCCCUCCAAGGAGAAGCCUCCACACUCUUAUAUCGCUCUCAUCUCCAUGGCUAUUUUAAGCAAUUCUGACCAAAAAAUGUUGCUAAGUGAUAUCUACCAAUAUGUGAUGGACAAUUUUCCGUAUUACAACAAUAAGGAAAAGGCAUGGAGAAAUAGCAUUCGCCAUAAUUUAUCCUUGAAUGAGUGUUUUGUGAAGAAUGGACGCGCUGGUAAUGGCAAAGGGAAUUUUUGGUCCAUUCAUCCUGCCUGUGUGGAGGAUUUUGCACGAGGAGAUUUCCGUCGUCGUCAGGCACGAAGAAGAGCCAGGAAGAGUAUGAAGGCGCCCGUGGAUCGCCCCAUUAGACCCGACUGUAGUUACAACCUAGGCUACGUUCCUAUGACUCCCUCUCCCAUCGGCUACCACGGAUACCCUCAUCAAGUCUUAUAUUCGCAGAAAAACUUUCACUCCAUUGCGCAGGUGCCCUCGCCGAUGACAUCCCAACACAUGGCCCCGAUGUCUUCCCCUUCUGGAUAUUUCUCUCCCAUGCACAUGCAUCAUGCCAGUUCCCAGUCCCAGCAGUUCUUAUCCUCGUCAGUCCAUCCGGGCGGCAGUUACCCUCAAAACUGCUGGUGAAAAAGACUGCACAGAUACAGUGACUACCUUGUUUUUAUUAUUUUUAAUUGUUAAAAUUUCGUGUUUUAUUUGUACAUACACUUUGGCAUGUAUAUAAUUUUCAAGUGCAAUAUUUUAGACAUAUACUAGUACAUAAUUUAUAAUUUUAUCAUAAUGUGUGAAUAAUCCAUUCGAUUAGUGGCAUUUGAAAUGUAUAAAA